AUGGAUGACCUCGAGAUUGUCGAGAUUCCUGAAGGCUUGUUUAGUGGAUUGUUCAAUUUGGGCAACCUGGAUUUUGACAAGUGCAAUAUUUCAGUAUUGCCUGCUGGAGUGUUUGAUGGUUUAGUCUCCUUGACUGUCCUAGAUUUCAGUGAGAAUCCAAUCGGUUCUCUGCGUGCGGAUAUUUUUAAUGGCCUCGCAGGAUUAAGAGCCCUGGAUAUUGAGGACAUCGGCCUAACGACUAUUGACGAGAAUAUCUUCUUCAAUUUGACCCUACUGGAUGUCCUGUCAAUGGAAAACAACAGGCUGACAGAGAUACCAGCCACGUUGUUUUCCAGACUGGAAGUACUGGAUCAGCUGUUAAUCUUUGGAAACCAACUUACCCAAUUACCUGCUGGCGUCUUCAGCAACUUGACUGCCAUAACCUUGUUGGACUUUGACGCUAACAACCUCACGUCCAUACCGAACGGCACGUUCACUGGCUUGAUCAACUUAGAACACUUAGAUUUCAGUGACAAUCCUAUCACUAACCUUCAACCAGACCUGUUCAGUAACCUAACUCAGAUCUAUUUUCUCGACCUUUCCGGCAUGGCCCUCCAGGCUCUUCCAGUUGACCUUUUCACAGACCAGGAGAGCCUCGAAGUUCUAGAGCUUGAUGAAAACCCAUCAUUGACAGAGCUUCCAUUUGGGGUGUUUAGAAACCUUGCACUUCUGACGGAUUUGUAA